AUGUAUGAGGCGUACGCACAACUUGCCGGAUUUGGAACCCGUUUGGGUACUUCGAAAAAAGUAAAAAUAGGCAACGAGAUAAUUACGACUCGGCGAUACGUUUUAUGCUCAAGGGCGCCAGUGAACAAACAUAAACAUAAAGAAACUAACCCUGAUGAUAUUGACUCACCUUCACCAUCGCGCCGUUCCAAUGUUAAAGUUACAGAUUGUAAGGCAUGUGUGAAGUUUCGUCGUAUUAAAAAGUCAACUGAUUAUGAAAUCUAUGGUUUUGUUGAACAACACAACCAUGGGUUUACCUCUCCCGAGAAUCUUGACUUAUCACUAAAGCGAAGAAAGCUCGAUUUUUCUACACAAGAGUUCAUAGCUAAGUGCCGCAAUGCUAAUCUUGGCCCUACCAAAUCCCACAAGUUACAUGUUGCAAUAAAAGGUGGUCACCAUAAUGUUCACGGUACUGUUGUGGACUACAAAAAUUGUGGCCGUGACAUUCGAGAUUUUAUUGGCGAUAGAGACGCCCAAAUGAUAAUUGACAAGUUCAAAGCUCGAAGCGAAAAUAGAGUUAAUUACAGUUUUGAUACCCAUAUUGAUGAUAUGGAACUUCAGUUAAUAUUUUGGUGCGAUGGCGUUUCUAAACUAAACUACGAAGCGUUCGGUGAUGUUUUGGCGUUCGACGCAACGUACGAUAUGAUUUUUGUGCCUUUCACUGGAGUUGACCAUCAUAAAAAGUGCACAAUUUUUGGGGCUGGGUUGUUACAUAAUGAGACUAUUGAAUCAUACACAUGGCUACUCCAAAAAUUUCUUCAAGCACACAAUGGAAAACAGCCACUCUUGAUAUUAACUGAUCAGGAUUGUGCUAUGAAACAAGCUGUCGCCAACGUAUUUGACAAGUCCAUCCACAGACUAUGUAUGUGGCACAUUAUUCAAAAGUUGCCAGCAAAGAUCAAGGGUAACGACAAAAGGAAUGCGGAAAUCAAGAAAAAAUUCCACAAACUAGUAUGGAAUGUUUACAUCAAACCAGAAACAUUUGAAAAGAGAUGGCAUUUACUUAUUGCUGAGUACGGUUUGCAAGAGCAUUCUUGGUUGACUGAGAUUUAUCAGCUAGGGUUGACUCCUGCGUCUCUUGUGAACAAGCAUGUAGUGGAAAUAGCUGAUGGUAAGUCGAUAGAAGCCACACAUGUAUACUUAUGGUGUAAACUCGAUCUUCUAGGUCAAGUGUUCGACAUUGACCUUCUUCCCAUCACUCUUGGUAGUUUUGAUAUAGUCAUUGGUAUGGACUGGUUUUCCAAACUCAGAGCGGAAAUACUUUGCAAGGAGAAGAUCGUGCGUGUGCCUCUCCCUAGCGGGGAAUUAUUAUCUGUCCAGGGUCAUCGAAGCGGUGCAACUCAUGAAGAGAAGGAAAUCGAUGAUAUACCAGUCGUACAGGAGUUUCCUGACGUUUUUCCCGAGGAACUUCCAGGUUUACCUCCACAUCGUCAGGUGGAGUUCCACAUUGAUCUUACCCCAGGAGCAGCUCCAAUUCCUCGCGCACCAUAUCGUCUUGCACCAGGGGAGUUGCAAGAAUUGUAG